GCAAGCCGUCUCUUCCUAAGCGAAUACACCCUUCUACUAAAAUUGUUAAUUUAGUCUCCAUUUAUCCAUGUUCCCUUCUAGACUAUACUGUGUCUCUCUGCAAAAAUGCAUAGUCUGGUCUGGGCCAUCUUCGUUCCUCUCUUAGCUGCAUUCUUGACCACAACUGAUGCAGUCGUGCGGGGAAGGAGUCAACAUACAGAACGAAUUUCGGGCAGUGCUGGUGAUGUUUUGGAGGAUAAUCCUGUGGGAAGGUUGAAGGUGUUUGUGUAUGAGCUCCCUAGCAAAUACAACAAGAAAAUUCUCCAGAAAGACCCUAGAUGCCUUAAUCAUAUGUUCGCAGCUGAGAUCUUCAUGCAUCGCUUCCUUUUAACUAGUCCUGUUCGAACCCUUAAUCCUGAAGAAGCUGACUGGUUUUAUACUCCAGUUUAUACAACUUGCGAUCUGACUCCAAAUGGUCUCCCUUUGCCAUUUAAGUCCCCUCGAAUGAUGAGAAGUGCAAUACAACUUAUUUCUUCAAACUGGCCUUACUGGAACCGGACUGAAGGGGCUGAUCACUUUUUUGUUGUACCCCAUGAUUUUGGAGCUUGCUUCCACUAUCAAGAAGAGAAAGCAAUUGAAAGAGGAAUUCUUCCUUUGCUGCAACGUGCUACCUUGGUUCAGACUUUUGGACAACGAAAUCAUGUUUGCUUGAAGGAGGGAUCAAUUACAAUUCCUCCUUACGCUCCUCCUCAGAAAAUGCACUCCCACCUCAUUCCUGAAAAAACUCCUAGGUCCAUCUUUGUUUACUUCCGUGGACUAUUCUAUGAUGUGGGAAAUGAUCCAGAAGGUGGUUAUUACGCAAGAGGUGCAAGAGCAGCAGUAUGGGAGAACUUCAAGGAUAAUCCUCUUUUUGAUGUAUCAACAGAGCAUCCAACUACUUACUAUGAGGACAUGCAGCGAGCUGUGUUUUGUCUCUGUCCGCUUGGAUGGGCUCCUUGGAGCCCUAGAUUGGUUGAGGCUGUGAUAUUUGGUUGCAUCCCUGUUAUCAUAGCAGAUGACAUUGUUCUGCCCUUUGCCGAUGCAAUUCCUUGGGAAGAAAUUGGGAUGUUUGUAGAUGAGAAAGAUGUUGCUAACUUGGACACAAUAUUAACGUCCAUCCCACUUGAAAUGAUAUUAAGAAAGCAGAGACUAUUAGCAAAUCCUUCCAUGAAACAGGCAAUGUUAUUUCCCCAGCCUGCUCAACCUGGAGAUGCUUUUCACCAGGUUCUGAAUGGACUUGCCCGUAAGUUGCCUCAUGACAGGAGUGUCUACCUAAAGUCCGGUGAGAAGAUUCUAAAUUGGACUGCAGGUCCUGUGGGUGACCUGAAACCCUGGUGAUUCUUUUUUUGUUAAAUUGUAAAUUUCGUCUAUAUGGUUUAAAGAAAGUUAGAAUUUAGUUCAUUAUAAUUUUGUCCUAUGGUUUGAUAAAACUUCAUAAACAGUUCUUAUGGUUUGAUUGCAACACUUCAGUUAUGUGGAUUAUGAUUUGAUAUUAUCGAUUGAGAGUUAUUUUGGCA